CCAGCGCUACGCAAUCAGGCCCGCAUACAGUGCUUUUCCGAACCGAUGCAGGUUUUGAGAGCCUUCUCGGAAGUACGUCUGCCAAAGCACAAGCCGGAUAAUAGUUCGCCAAAACGCUUCUAUGAAGGAGGCCCAGCUAAGAAGGAUCUGCGUUGCGCCAACUGCAACUCAAAAGGACACUUCGCCAAGGAGUGCCUGAAGCCGAAGAGAGAGCCCGGAUCCUGCUACGCUUGUGGAGCGUUCGGACACUUCGUCGGACAAUGCCCGGAGCGCAAGAGCGCCAAUAUCAACAAUUAUAAUGCCUCAUAGACACCGGGAGCCCAAUAUCAUUUGCAAAACUAAGCAGUAUAUCCAGUGAAGUCAAUUUAGAGUCUGCUGCUGAAAACUAUUUCGGGCUAAAUAAAAGCCAACUAAUAAUACUCGGAAAAACCUUAUGUUACAUUACAAAAGAAAGAAUAAAAUGUUAUUUUGAUUUAUACGUAGUUCCAGACGGGUCUAUGAGUCAUAAUGUAA